GUUAGUGCCGCUAGCAGAAAAAUAGUCAUCAUCGGAUAUUUACAAAAAGCGAUUGACAACACAUUGCAUGUAUGCGGAGACAGCUGUUUGAGACAAGUAUUUAUAGUUAGUUAUUACAAAGGGACAUAUUGAAAAUUCUGUUGAGCUGUUACACGCUCAUGCAGUCCAUAACUUGUUGUUAGCGGUCAUUGCCGCUCGUGCUCAGAAAAACGAAUUACGGUUUUUCAGAUCCCAUCGAUCGUCUUUCAAGGAAGGAUACCUAGCCGGCUAGCUUUAGGCUAUCCUUUACUCGAAGGCUAAUGAUAGGCAUGCCACUAAUGCACUAGCUACUGAACAUGUCAAUUAUAUUUUGUUUCAUUCUUUAUACUUGUAGCAACUGGUUAUGUUAUUGUCACUGUUGGUGAUGCAAGUUGUGACUUUAAAUCUGUAUUAUGAAUAGCAUAGACAGUUUAUAAACAUAGCUAGCUUAACGCUAUUAGCUAGCUUAAUGCUAUCUAGGUCUCCCCAUUGCAUUGAAUUAUUUUGUCAAAACUAUUAGCCAGCUACCGUUCCACUGAAGAGAAAUCGCAGCCAAAAUGGAUUCAUUCUUGGACUAUGAAGAAUGCAUCCAGGACUCACCUGCAUUUAGGCUUACCCUGGAUAAGUGUCAAACUGAUGUUGCAGAGCUGCAGAGUCGAGUGGAAAAGGUGAUGAAGCUCUGUGGCAAGAUGGUUGAAUCAGGGCAAGCAUACAACACAGCAAAUCAGCAUUUCCUCGAUGGACUGGCUGAGUUCUCCACGUAUCACAAACGUGACAGCGUCAUCAUGAACUGCAUGAGUCAGUUCAUUCAAGGACUACAGGAGAUGAUCAACUUUCAUACUGUGCUGUUUGACCAGACGCAGAGAGCUAUCACUCAGCAGCUGUCAAACCUUCUCACACAGUUCAUACCCCAGCUAGGAGAGACUAGGAAGGAGUUUGUGCGGAUUGGGGAGGAUCUGGAGACAGCAGCGGUGAAAAAUGCCCAGAUAUACCGCCACAAAGUCACUGAUGCAGAGCGUGCCAGCCAUCUGCUGUUGGCCACACGCAAAUGUCACCAGCACUUUGCCCUUGAUUACUGCUUGCAGUCCAUGUUCUUCUGUUUGGUGCCUAAUAAACAGAAGCCAGAGUUAACGGAGUUAAGGCAUUCAUUUUGGUUUCUUCAGCGAUUGCUGAAUAACUUCAAGGCCCAGCAGAAGCUGGACAUCCUAAAUUCUGUGUUCUCCUACUUCCAUGCCCAGUAUACCUUCUUCCACCAAGGCUUUGACUUGCUGAGAGACUUGGAGCCCACUAUGAAGUCCAUGGCCGCACAGCUUGCCCAACUCUCGACUGAAUGUACAGCUAAAAGAAAGGACCUGGAGAAUACCCACCUACUGAUCCAGCAGAGAGAUGCCUCAGGGGAGCCCAUACUACGUUCCUGUCCUGAUGGUGGGGAAACCAUACAGGGCUACCUCUUCAAAAGAUCUCGGAGAAAGAACAAGACAUGGAAGAGAUGCUGGUUCUCCAUUAAAGACAACCAAUUGGUGUACACAAAGUCACAUAAGGAGGAGCCUGUGUUGCUGUUUGAUGACCUCAGGCUGUGUGCGGUGAAGUCUCUGGACAGCAUUGACCGCCGCUUCAGUUUUGAGCUGGUUUCUGUUAAAAAAUGCUGUGCCCUCCAGGCUGACUCAGAGGAGCUGAAACAGGCUUGGAUCAGUGCCGUUCUAGGGAGCAUAGACAUGGCCUACCGCGAGAGAGUGGAGUCCCAGCAGCCUCAGCCCAAAGAAAGCCCUCUGCCCCUCCAGAGCCCCUCAGACCCCCAGCCAGGACAGCCUCCUCAAAGGCCUGCCGCUUUGGUUGUGGCCCUCCAAAGUCCGGGGAACCACCGCUGCUGCGACUGCAGUGAGGAGGAGCCACGCUGGGCCAGCGUCAACCUGGGUAUCACCAUGUGCAUCGAGUGCUCCGGCAUCCAUAGGAGCCUUGGGGUCCAUCUCUCCAAAGUGCGAUCUCUCACCCUAGACUCCUGGGAUCCCGAACAGCUGAAGCUGCUGUGUGGUCUGGGUAAUGAUGUCAUCAAUGGGAUAUAUGAGUCCAGGUGUGCAGCAGAGGGCAGAGUAAAGCCUAGUGCUGGCAGCCCUCGCCCAGAGAAAGAGACAUGGAUUAAAGAGAAAUAUGUGGAGAAAAGAUUUGUGAAGGAUGCCAACUCGCCUGAAACACAGAUUGGGAGGGAGAAUGCAGGACGCCAGUUGUACCAGGCUGCUUUCCAAGGGGACCUGGUCACCAUGGCAUCAGCGUUGGCGCAGGGUGCAGAGGUGAACUGGAGCCACGCUGAGGAGGAGGGACGCACUGCUCUCAUUGGCUCAACUUUUGGGGGCUCCCUAUCGGCCUGUGAGUUCCUACUGCAGAAUGGAGCCAAUGUUAACUACCGUGACCAGCGCGGUCAAGGUGCCCUUCACACUGCAGCCACCUGGGGCCACACAGGGCAAGUGUGUCUACUUCUAAAAAAGGGAGCCAAUCAGUAUGCAGUUGACGAGAGGGGGCAGGACCCACUCGCCAUUGCCAUAGAGACAGCACAUGCCGAUAUUGUAACCCUACUACGAAUGGCUCGCAUGAAUGAAGAGAUGAGAGACUCAGAGGGAUUCUUUGGAUCUAUGGGUGACGAUGAGACAUUUCAAGACAUCUUCCGUGACUUCAGUGAUAUGGCUUCUCACGAUCCAGAAAGACUCACUCGUCGACAGUUCAGCAGAAGCGGACAAGAGGGACAGGACAAGAGGAUGGUGAAUGACCAGCACAAGGCAGAGAAGGAGGAGGAAGACACAUAGGGAGAAUCUCAAUUGCAUACUCCUCGUGUCCUCUCUCCUCUCAUCUUGCCUCUUUCUAAAAACCCAUUGGAGGAAAAGGUCAGACGGAUGGGGCCUCUGGCAUUCUCAUUCAAUGGGUUUUGAGAAGGAGGUGAGGAGAGAGGACGCAAGGAUUAUGCAAUAGAGAUUCUCCCAUGUAAAUAAAGAGGAGGAGACCUAGGGUUGGGAAUUAUAAAGGAAAAGGGGCAUUACCACUUUUCCGGUCAAGAAUGGAGAACCCAGGGGUGAAUUCAAUGAGGUGAAACGUUCACAAAGUUGCAGGUAGAAAUGACAUGACUCUCAGUUCUACAUAACAAACACUCACACCUAAUCUAUACAAAACAUUUACAGUAUAUCUAAACAUUCUGUAAAGUUGCACCCUCCUGGUCCUUCAGGGCUGCAGUGUCUGACAGUUGUCAUUGUGCCUCAGCAGUUAAAUAACAAAUCAAAUUCUGACUUGAACAAAGUAAAAAAGAUACAUUUUUAACUUGCUUCAGUUUUGAGGCACACUUUUGAAGUUAUUAGAAAAGUUACCUGAACAGUUUUACAAAGAAAAAGAAAACAUAAACUACUAGGCCUACUGCUACAAGGAAGCAAAUGGUCUCAGGAUCUCAAUCCUGUUUAGAACUUAUUAUAUUCAAUGUUACAGUCUUGAAUACUGCUCAGUAGACCCUUAAACCCUCAAGGAAUGAAUGCUCCAAUUCUUGUGAAUGGAUGUUUCAUUGGAUGGAUGCAUAUGAACUGUGUUUGCUCAGUCUGCUGAAAUGCCCAAAAAGGCAAUAAAUAAGGAAUAUAAAAGGGUUACAUAUUGAAAUACUAAAGUAUUAUAUUUUUUUGUAUUGUUAUUAGCCACUCCCAAUAUUUCAGAAGUUAUUAGAUGACUUAUACUUACUGACUGAACUGCUGCAUGCAAUAGCCCAUACAUGUUGCUACUUACAGGUCAUCUGAGGGAACCGUUGAUUCUUGCUGAACGUGGGGUGUAUUCACUAGGAACCAAACAGGAUAAAACAGGGAGGGACCUACCCAAAUCUGUCCAAUAAGAACUCUCGUUUUCAUUGCAGAACAUUUUCUGUUGUGAAACAUUUUUGUUACAGUGUGUACUAAUGAUUAUACCCCGGUUAAUCUUUCAAUUUGAGUCUGGAUCAAUCCCAUUGAAAGCAAUGGCUCCUUAUAAUAGACUGUUAUUGUUAUGUUUUUGUUCGCAGAGGAGAUAAGUGGACCAAAACUGUCAAAUUAGAAUGCAGGGAUUUAGAAUGUAUUAUAAAGCGGGUAGUUUGGGUCCUGGAUUAUAAUUGGCUGAAACAGCAUUUCAGCUGUGUGUAUAUCAGACAAUAUGACGCAGAAGUACUUGUUUACUGUUCUACUUAUGUUGCUAACCAGUUUAUAAUGGCAAUUAGGCAUCUUGGGGGUUUGUGGUAUAUGGCCAAUAUACCACAUCCCCUUGGGCCCUAUUGCUUAAAUAUAGGCCUAUUAUAUAUUAUUUUACUGUGGCACAGUCAGAUAUAAUAAAAUGUGUCUUAAUACUG